AUGGUUGCCGGCCUCAAAUCCGUUGACUACAAAACGCUUCCCGUGAUGCUUGACCUCCCCCCUGGAGAGGAAAAACCCGAGCACAUUUCAUGUAAACGAAAGCCGCUGAAUGACAAGAACAAAACCAACCCGAGAAACUUGGGCAGAAGCCUCGAUCCUGUGUAUCAAUCUGUGAAUCCGCAAGGGGACCUAACCCAAGCCAAGGACGACGGACUCCUAUCGGAUGCCAUAUUUUUUGAAUUCUCAAAAGCUUUUGGUAGGUUCCCACACGUUCCGCUGCCCCCACAAACCGAAUCUUACGCGAUUCAAGGGAAAAUCCUUCGCUGGAUCAAGGCGUUCCUAUCAGAUGGAUCAUUCCGAGUGAGAAUAGGAUCGACCUAUUCCUCUCCAGCGCCGGUCUCCAUUGGAGUUCCUCAAGGCUCCGUCUUGGGACCACUCCUGUUUCUGAUCUACGUCAACGACCUCCCAGACUGUCUUGCGGGUCCAUGUCUACUUUUUGCGGACGACUUGAAAUCCUGGAGUUCCAAUGCCAGUGCCCUCCAAAUGGAUGUAGACGCUGUCAAGCAGUGGUCGUUGGACUGGCAAAUUCCUCUGAAUGAUGAAAAGUGCGUCCAUGUGUCGUUUGGAGGGGAUUCAGAGAAUGUCCUUGUUAUGCAUGGUGAAAAGGGACCAGAAAACAUCAUGAGGAGAGAUGCCGAAAAAGAUUUGGCCAUCUGGGUUUCCUCAAACUUGUCCUUCUCACUGCGCUAUGAGAAAUCAGACGAAAAUGCAUUCGCCAUUCUAUGGAUGCUCCGACGCACCCUCUCCCCUAUUACUCGCAUGGACUUCCAAAUACUCUAUGGGACCUACUUCAGACCGCUCCUGGAGUACACCAACCAAGUUGUCCAAUCAGAAGGCACGAUAGACUUCGCAUUCAUUGAGCCUGUCCAUCGAUCCGCUAGGAGAAUGGUUACCGGCCUCAAAUCCGUGGACUACGAAACGCGUCUCGCGAUGCUUGAUCUCUUUCCCCUGGAGUGCCGUCGCAUCCGAGAGGACCUAAUUCUUACUUAUUCCCUGUUUGAACAAAGCUUGGCCCACAGUUUUUUCAACUUUGGCCCAGAAAAUCACAGGGCAGGGACAUGUGAGAUUUUCAAACCCAGAGCGCACACGUCCAUUAGGCAAAAUUUUUUCUCAUUUCGGGUAUUAACGGAUCCCGCACAUAUUUAUACCAGGAUGGAAUCGGAUGAUGGAGCGAAUAAAAAAGCAGAGGAGCAAAAUAGUGUAACAGAGGACGAUCCUGGAAUGCCAAUAAAAAAGCAGUCAUCGGCGCGGGAAGGUUUUCAGUUGCCACCCUCUCCACCAACUUUUGUCACCAUGCGUCAGCUUACCGAGGCCGCGAACGCUUUCUACAACAUGUCGCUUGCGCACGAGAUCACAGUGGAUUCAGAAUUCCGCAUAGAAAAAUACGAUCCUCCAGAGGAUAGCCUCGAACACACUGUCAAAGAAACCAUGCAUCGUGCGUUCUGGGAUAUGCUGCGUUCCAGUUUGGAAGCCGACCCGCCAGACUACCAACCGACUCUGAAUUUACUGUCGGAAAUCAAACAGUCUCUAAAUGGCUUGGUGCUCCCUAACCAGAAGACUCUUCAAAAACUCGUUGACAGCUCUUUGGAUUUGGAUGCAGCCAAAGCUACACUGGAACAAACAGGGCAUCUGAAUUUGGAGGCCUAUGCAAUACAAGUGAUAAAUAUGAUGCACCAGUUUUGUGCACCCGUACGUGAUCAGGAAGUGGAAAACCUGCGAAAAAUCGACGAUCCUGUUGAGGCAUUCAGAAAUGCAUUCAUACUUUUGGAGAAAAUGCAUAUGGACUUGGCCAACUUUACCAUCGCUCAGAUGCGGCCGUAUAUCCGACAGCAAGCCGUCCAAUACGAGCGCUCCAAAUUCGCCACGUUUUUGGAUGCACAAAAAGCGCUUGGACUCGACGGACUGAAACGAACACGUGAAUGGAUUAAAGCUGCUUUUUCCAAACUCACUAAUGUCCCCCCAUUGGAACUACCGAGUACGGCUUCUGCGGGUCACUCGUCUGGAGAGCGUGCGGGGAAGCGAUGGGUGAGCGCUGAUAGUGACAGUUCGGCCGAAGAGUUCCCCUUGACUCCGAACAAUAUUCUGCGAGAAGCUUAUCUGGAGCUGUUGGUGUGGCCCACAGGCAAGGAUUGGCCCGAGACUGUUGUAAUGGAUCAACUGCGUCUGACGGAACUUGGCAUUCAGCUAGCUAAUAUUGUCACAUUGACUUCCUUGGUACUAGUCGUGUGCAAUUUCGUGGCCUCAAAUGCUUCCUCUAUUUUCCCCGGGUCUUGUUUGUCCCGAGUGGAUCCCAGUAUGAUGGUUCAACUGAAGCAGAUGGUGUGUAAAUCUGGCAUUGGCAUUCUUCGGAACAGCACAUCAACUUCCACACAACAACGAGGGGCGGCGAUGGCCGAGGAGAUUAUUUUCACCGUUGAACGUUGGUUGAACACAACGCUUAGCUCCCUUAAGAACACACCGACCACUCCAACGGAUACGAAUGAAACUCCUGGGGAGACAGACGCGUCAAAGGCAAUUCAUCUUUUACCAGACCCUUUGAAAGAGACCUUGUCUUCCCAAGUUGUGGAGGUGGUCAGCGAACGGCAUCCUGUGUUCAUCCUUAUGAACAAACGUGCCAUCGGAUUUCUUCGUUCGGCCUUGUCUGCAUACCCUCCGGAACCGCUUCCACUACCACCUGGAUUCAGUAUUUUAUCAGACGUCACGCGACUCGCUGCAAGCGCGGUUACUUCAAACCAAGCAGAAUGCAGUACUUCUCCUUCAAGUCACUGUCCAUCUUCUCAGCCGAUACCGUCGGCUAUGGCUACGGGAUUGCGACCACGAACACCAGAUACUGACCCCCCGAAACGAUUGCAAAAGUUGGAGCAUUUGAGCUUAUCAAACCUGGCUAGCCGCCUUUUACCGCUAUUAGCUCAUAAUCGCCAUGUUUUCGGACCGCAGUAUGCCGAAAUCAUCCAGGCUCUGUUACUACCAAACACAGAACCUUCGUCUAGUACAGUCACCGGUCUUCGCUUUCGUUCACGCAGCGUCAGUGCUAAGAAAUCCGAGUCAGAAGAAGAAACUUUUGAAAUGACCUAGUGGCUCGCGGACCAUAGACGAAGCAGGAUUUCUAAACCAAUCGGCUCGAUCCGUCCAACGAUCACCAACUACCGGAGAUUUACACUAGGAAUUAUUUUGAACGUCAAAACACAGAAAGUUUCGGAGCUUUGAGGUUGACAUGUUUUUGCUGUUUGUCCGCGAACAUGUUAUCGUACUGUACUUCUUACUUCACUCCACUCAUUCUUCCCUUUCGUUCUUUAUAGUCAACUUUGCUCGAUGUGAU